AUGGCAAAGCGUGUUCUCAUCAUGGGUGCGAACCGAGGUAUUGGCCUCGAGCUGGUCAAACACUACAAGGCCCUGGGCUGGAACGUCGUUGCCGCCGUACGCAACCCGUCUUCGGCUACCGAGCUUCAAAGCCUAGAGCCUGAAGGCAUUUUUGCCCUUGACGUCGCUGAUGAAGCAUCAAUAGCAGCCGCCGCAACAGCGAUUGGCGCUGACGCCCGGAUCGACAUGCUUAUCAACAAUACCGGCAUCAUCGUCAAGAGCUCGCUCACGAAGACGACGAAGGCAGAUUUCUUGCGCCAGUUGGAAGUCAACACCGUGGGCCCGUUCCUUGCCACAAAGGCGCUCAUGUCCAACCUAAAGCUUGCGGCCAAGCAAAAUGAUCUCAUGAUUGCCGCCUUCCUCUCAGCCAACAUUGCCAGUAUUCAGCUCAAUACGCAAGGUAGAUACCACGCAUAUCGCGCGUCAAAGACGGCCCUGAACGGAAUCGCCAAGACGCUGGCUGUCGACAUGGAACCGCGUGGCAUCUCGACUGUACUCCUGCACCCCAGGCUACGUCAAGACUGA